UUAUCUUCCAAUGUAAGCUAAGUAGUAAUAUUCAUUCCCUUCAAGUCCAGCUCUAUCCCAGAAUUGGUUGCAGGCUUUUCUCAUUAUGUGACGUAUGGAUAUGAAUGGGGAUUUAUGACAGCAAGCCAUCAUUGCCUCAGGCCUCCUGCGAGUCCAAACCCCACAAACUUUCAGCCAUCAUCUCCUAAACUGAGACAGGAACCGAAAACGACAGCAGCUCUCUGGCGACAUCAGUGAAAGGACUCCGGCAUGAAGUGAAGCAUAGAGGUUAACUCCCCCCACCGCCACCACCACCCCUACCACCCCUUUGCUCCCAGGCAGGCCCGGGGUCAGGGCAGAAACCGGCAGCCAGUCAGGCAUUCUUUCUGUGUACAUGUGUGUGUUUGUGUGUGGCUGCAGCCCACUCUGUGCUCUUUGACUCCGCUGCCCUUAUAAGGCGAGCAGCGCCAUGGCAACAGCAGGGCUUGAAUAGCAGUGUCAAAUCCCUCAGCACACAGACACACGCUCACUCUCCCUAAAGGAGGGAGCGAGGCAGAGAGACAGAGCGGGGAUUCAGAGAGAGAGAGACGAGGCUAUCUCCGGGCUGCUCUCCACUGCCGCAGCAGCAGCGUCGGGCUUUCGCUCAAAGGUCUGUGACCGUGUUUUUUCCUGCGCUUGUUGUUUGCCUAAUUUAUUCCUGCUGGGGCCAGCAGAAAGAAAGAAAGGCAGAAAGGGGAAAAAAAGGACAGGCAGAAUAGCAAAGAGUGCAACAGUACACCGUGACUCGCCGACAGGGAAUGCAGAGAGAAGUUCUGGCCUCUGGUUGUUACUGCUGGAUGGACAAGUACUGACAAAACAAGAGGAGGAAGAGAGGCAGCACUUUGUAAAGCUGUGAGAGAGGAGAGGCAGCUGCGACUGAAGAGAUUUCUCAACUCUGCUUUUGUUUCGGCUUGUUGUUGCUUUUUUUUCCUUCUGUGACAUCUGAUCCCCCGCUGACUUUAAAACAGUUGAAAGGGAUCACGAGAGAAACUCAGCGUCACCCCGGACGGCAGAAACAGGAGGACGUCUCUGGUGAACUUUGCUGCUCCUGAGACUUUAUCCUGAGAGUGAAAGGCGUCUAAUUCUUUACUUAUUUUCAUAUCAAGCCUGGACUCGAGUGCAGAUAGCCUUAAAUAUACUUUUAGAUUAAUAGGCGGUCAAUUCGCCGCAGUUUCCCAAACUCCUCGGCUUAAUUUUUAAGGGGCAAAUCUUUUCCUCCUCUCCAUCACUAUCAGCCUCGACAAGUCAAGAGUGAGUCUAGGCUAGAACUGGCUCUGAUGAACAGAUAAAAACCUCAGCACGACAGGAACUGGUUGGACGAGUUUAUAAGUCAGAGCAGAGGGCAGGGCAGUUUAACCCUGCAUGAAGGAGGGCUGUGUACGACUCUCCUCCCGCCUGCUCGUCCUUUCCAGAGAAAGUCGUGCGCUGAGACGGAGAGAGGGGCAACAGAGGCUCUGUUUGCCCCCCCCACACCCACACACAGACACAUACUAUGCUUGGGGAUAGGUGAGGGUUUUUCUUUCAAAGGGGGAAGACGGAGAAAGAACGUGAGAGGGAGGGAGUCAAAGUGUAAUUUAUUGUUUCCUGUGAAAAGAGCAAGGCUGCACCCUUUUCGACUGCCUGAACUCUGAACCACACACCGUGUUUGUGUGUGCGCGUCUGAAGUUUUGUCGGACCUCGGGAAGCCACCGUGAUCAGAGGUCAGGGCGGAAAACAGGACAGAGAGAGCCGGGGAUUAAAGAAGAGAGGGACGACAGAAAGUGGAAAGACCCACAGGUCAGCUCGACCGGACGGCAAAGACGAGAAAGGUCAAGAGGCGGAAUUUCCCCCCGCGACUUUUAAAUCUCCUCGGAUCGGGGGCGGAAUCGGCUCUUUAGACUCUGAGAGCCAGUUGGAAGGCGGUGGGACGGAGCAGGUCUGUGUGUAUGAUCCACUCACAGGGCUGCACGUCUCAGAGAAUAUGGCCAUGGUGAGCGGAGGAUGGGGUAAUCCCAACGGGGGCGCUAACGGACUCGGGGAAAAGGCUUACCUGAGGAGGGGGGAGGACGAGGAGGGGUCGCCCCGCGCCGGGAGCAGCGACGUGGACGUGGGCGACGAGGACAAGGCCUGCGUGGUGGACUGCGUGGUGUGCGGGGACAAGUCCAGUGGGAAGCACUAUGGCGUGUUCACCUGCGAGGGCUGCAAGAGCUUCUUUAAGAGGAGCAUCAGGAGAAACCUCAGCUACUCCUGCAGAUCAAACCGAGAGUGCCAGAUCGACCAGCACCACAGGAACCAGUGUCAGUACUGCCGUCUGAAGAAGUGCUUCCGGGUCGGGAUGCGCAAAGAAGCUGUCCAGCGGGGUCGCAUCCCUCCAUCGCACUCAGGUAUCAGCCCCAACUCCCUGGCGGGCGGGGUCGCGGGUGUGGUUCCAGGUCACAUUGGGGCAGACUACUUCAACGGCCAGCCGGUGUCCGAGCUCAUCUCCCAGCUCCUCCGGGCCGAGCCGUACCCCCCGAGCCGCUACGGGGCGCCGUACGGGCAGGCACAGAUGCAGGCAUCUGCGAGCGGCGCCUCCGUCAUGGGCAUCGACAGCAUCUGCGAGUUGGCAGCCCGUCUCCUCUUCAGCACCAUCGAGUGGGCCAGAAACAUCCCGUACUUCCCGGAGCUCCCGGUUUCAGAGCAGGUGGCGCUGCUGAGACUGAGCUGGAGCGAGCUGUUCAUCCUUAACGCGGCUCAGUCUGCUCUCCCGUUGCACAUGGCUCCUCUGCUGGCGGCAGCCGGCUUUCACUCGUCUCCCAUGUCCGCCGAGCGCGUCGUGUCCUUCAUGGAUCAGGUCAGGGUUUUCCAGGACCAGGUGGAAAAGCUGAACAGGCUUCAGGUGGACUCGGCCGAGUACAGCUGCCUCAAAGCCAUCGCGCUGUUUUCUCCUGACGCUUGUGGUCUGACGGACCCGGCUCACGUGGAGUCCCUGCAGGAAAAGGCUCAGGUCGCCCUGACAGAGUACGAGAGGUUGCAGUACCCCAACCAGCCUCAGCGCUUCGGCCGCCUGCUGCUGCGCCUCCCUGCGCUGCGCGCCGUGCCAGCUAACCUCAUCUCCCAGCUCUUCUUCAUGCGGCUGGUGGGCAAGACGCCGAUCGAGACGCUGAUCCGAGACAUGCAGCUAUCGGGGAGCUCCAUCAGCUGGCCCUACGCACCGGGACAGUAAAGCCAGCUCCGGAGUGAGAUCACACUGAGAUGACUCAGAGCUGUGGAGGUCACUUUUUCCUCUCAUUAGCUCUGCAAAGUUUUCCUGACAUGACACCAAAGCUGCUUUCAGGGGCAAAAAGUUUGAUUGUCUCUAAUGCAGCACACCUCUCUCGCCCUCAUUCCGGAUGAACUCGGCUUUCGGUAGAACUCUUUACCGCGAGGCCUCGUGCCGGCACUACCUCCUCCCCCCAUCGCCCCCAGUGUGACUUGAAAUCAGAGUGCGCUCUGAACGAAGCCAUAGCAGCGCCGCUUACUGUAGGCUGCCGUGGCCGGGACACGGCGUGCAGGUCGCACCCAAGCUGUGUGACGUUUUGUGCUGAAGUGAGAGACUUUGCUGCCAGACGAAGUAUUUGUGAAGACUGCGACGUGUCGCUCCAACACAGAGGAGGCUGCAUCUCAGACCUGUUUUGUAUGCCGUGUGCAGAAAGGAAUAGUUCAACAUAGAUCAAAGUAAAUCACUCUCAGGACUGUAUGAUAAAUAUGAAGCUGUGCCAGCUUCAGCUAGCUCUGUGCAAAGGUACCAAAUCCAGCAGACAGCACAAAAAGCUCUUGUUAGCGCCUUUACGAGGUGUUGGAAGGUUAAAACGAUCUUCUUUUCUUGUUUAUAUUCUGAACUUAAAGCCGGCAGCUGAAGCCUCAAACGAGCACGAGAGCGCCGCCGACCUCCUCGACCAUUUUUCAGCAGAAAGUGUUGAACUAUUUCUUUUUAGUACGUUACACAGCGCUGCAGAAGCUGCCGUUAGAAAUCAAGCGAAUGUACUUAAACACAGCCGGGCUCCUUGGGACGGUCACAUCCCAGUCGGACAUUAUUACCUCAUGUUUUAUACAUCAGUGACAGAUGGAGAUUGUAUAGAAAACUAUGUGUGUGUUAAAGAUAUUUACAAAGGGAUCAAGGCACUGCUAUCACUGUAAGCAAACAGCAAGACCCAGCGGGCAGGUCUUAGCCAAAAAUAGAGAUUAAAAUGUUAAAUUUCAUGUGAGAGGACUUCAAUCGUUUGAGAUCAUUUAGUGGAAGCUACACUGAAUCAGGUGAUGCCCGCUUUGCUGAUUUUUCUGUGUCCUUUUGUGAGGGUAGAUGUGGUUUGAAUUGUUAUUUUGUGUCAGCGGCCUCUUUGAGAUGAUUGUGAAAGAUACUCUGACGUGUAAAAGGAUGUUUGUUGGCACUGACGUAAGAGGUACUUUGUUAUUGGUGUGUUAUCGCGACGACCUGCGGCUCAUUGCGAUGAAUUGUGAUGUUUGUUUUGCCAAACUGACUGAAAUAAGACGACAAGUAGGUGAUCAUUUCUGUUCUUUUUAAAUUUCCAGUUAUGUCAUAAAAGGCGAGCGAGACCACGAUCCCUCGCUGUCAGACGACUUCAUCGCUUUGAUGUAAACUCUAGUGAUUUGAUUGUGUAGUUUUACGUUUAAAAGAAUCAUCUUUGUGUGACUGCGGCAAAACUGAAACAUGCAAAAGACACCCGCACGUCGGGCUCGUUAUUUUUGCAUUGGAAAUAAACGUAUACAUUAUUUUGA